UCAGUCCCACGCACAACAUUUUCAGCUAAGCAAUAAGGUAUACCCUUCCUUCUUAAAAAACCCUCGACGCGUGAUGAACAAAGUCACCAAACCGACAAAUGGCCGUUAUAUCAAAACUGAAAGGGAUUUUAUUUGGUCGUUAUCUAUGGGUAACCAACACUCUAAGCGGUGGUCUACUUUUAUCGGCCGGAGAUCUUAUUCAACAGACUAUUGAACACUCAAAGAAAGGUGGUCACAAGAAAACAAAUGCAGAGCCAUAUGACUGGAAACGAUCAGGUCGGAUGAUGGCCAUCGGCUUAACUUUGGGCCUUCCUCAUCACUUCUGGUACAAGUUUCUGGAUCGCGUGAUCCCAGGGGCGGCGCUCCUUAGUGUCGGCAAAAAGAUCCUGCUCGACCAGACAAUCUUUUCUCCAUUUAACAAUGUCUCCUUUUUCAUGGGAGCUGGUCUCCUGGAAGGAAACACGGUUAGGCAAUCGUGGGAUGAGUUAAGAGCCAAAUUCGUAAUGGUUUAUAAGACCGACUGUUCGGUAUGGCCACCUGCGCAAUUCAUCAAUUUUUUUUACGUGUCGCCUGUCUAUCGGGUGAUGUACGUUAACGUUGUGACUGUGGGUUGGAACGUCUUCCUUUCCUACGCCAAAUACUUCGAUAAAGCUAACAUCCGGAUUGAAAAAGAACUUCCAGUUCCAGCGCUAGUGCUUUAGUGUUAUAAUACAUUUUUCUUUAUUUGUAUUUUUUUUUCAGAUCACAUUGAAACACGGCACUUCAUACUUCA